UAUCUUAAAUCUUCUGUUCAAGAAAAAUCCGUUGAUACAUAGCAGCGUUGAUAGCAUACAGAAGACAAGUGAUUUAGCCACAACAUUUUCGUUUGGGUUUGUGAAUUGAUCGUGCCGAUAACUGAGUCAUUUGGAUUGAGGAACCGUUUGGCUGGACUUUUCGUUUUUGUUUGUCUCAUCAAAAUAAACUUAUCUCAAACUCUGGUGAUUUCUGGGCAUCUAAAUUCAACUCUUCAAAUAACUACUGGGGUUUUUUUAUUGCUAACAAGCUUCGCUAAGAAUGAUGCCCAUGUAUAGAUGCAUGGACUCACACCCCAUGAAUGGGAACCAAAUGCCUUCGAACCAUAACUAUCAUCCUAGCUUUGAGGCCAUGGCACAGUUUGGGAAUUUUGAUCCAUCCAAAUCUGUUGUUAUCAAUCAGCCUUGGCCUUAUGCUAACAAUAUGGUUCCAGUCCCAUGUUACCCCUGGUACAGCCACGGUAAUUUCCCUGGUUGUUAUAGCAAUAGACCUUGCCCUCAUUUUUCAUCACAGCCGUUUCAUUGCUGUGGAUAUCAUCCUCCAUUUCCGGAUAGCUUCCCUGUACAUUAUGUGCCUCCAAAUUAUGUAAGGGAGCUACCUAGGUAUGAAUUUGACAAGCUUAGAGAUAAUUAUCAUUGUUGCGGGUGUCCUAAUCACACACAUGACCAGAGAAAGGGUGAAAGUGUGAAGGUUGAAGAGCAAGAGCCCGAAGGUGAGAACAAGGUGGGUAACUCUUUGGUUCCAUUUCAAUUGAAAAAUUAUCCAUAUCCUGUUUUGUGGAUCCCACCUGAGUAUGUAAAGAAUAAAGAGCAGAGAAAGCCUUUGGAGUCAGAUUUAGCUGGUCGGGAGAUAUCUUCUCAAGAUAUGAAGCCUGCUGAGAAUGUAAAGCCAUCUCAACAGGACCCGAGAGUAUGGAGUGGCUGGUUUCCAGUUGACAUGAAAAGCCUUCAACCAUUGAUGCAAGCUAAUGAUGGGAGGAGCACUCAGGAUCAGAAUAAUGAGGACAAAAUGAGACAUUUUCCAUUUCCUAUAAUAUGGACGUCUCCCUACAAUAAACAAGGCGAGGCUGGGAAGGAAGAGCGUGGAGAGAUGAAUGCUGCUCCAAAAACUGUUGAAGACCUUAGCGUGAGCAAACCUUACAUGAUCCAUGAGAGUUCUGGUGACCAGCUCAAUUCAGAGCCAAAAGAAAAAAUUUCCAAAAAGAGAAGCAUUCCUGUGAAGCAAAUGGAAGCAACUGUGGAGAAGGAUAAAUCUGAAGAUGCUGAGAGGGCACAAACAGAUUUUUCUCUGAGAAAAAUGGAAGAUAAUGGGAUGGUUAAAGCUUCUGGAGCUAGUGCAAAAAGACAAUCCUUAUCCCCUCCAAAGGCCUCAAAGUUGCCUCCUGUUUGUUUGAGAGUUGACCCCUUGCCUCGAAAAAAGAAUGGUAACACAAACUCAAGGUCUCCCAGUCCUCCUGGAUUGAAAAGGCAGUCACAGAAGACUGCGGAAGACACUCCUAAUGUAUUUGAUUCAUCAGACUUGACAGCAAAGAAUGACCAGAUUGUACAAGUGCAAGACUGCACUUCAAUCAGUAGCAAGGAGCCAGAAACCAAGAAAAACGUAGGCAAGGAUGUGGAGGGUGUGAAAAGGAACACUAUUGUAAAAACGGAUGAAGAACAACGAAGCAGCUAUCAAUCCCAAUUUCCUAUUUCUUCGUCAGUUGAUUUUGGCAAAGAGGCUUCCAACAGCCUAACUCUGGACAAGAUUAAAAAGAAUGAGGAGGAAGACAUAAAGGAUAAUAAUAGUCAUGCAAAUGAGUUGAAGGCUGAUCAAGUGAAGGAAAGAAAGGAAACAAUUAACGCAAGCAGAUCCUGUGUUAGAGAUCCUAGGGCAGAGGAAAAGAAACUAUCGGCUGAGGAAGCAGCCUUACGAAUCCAAUCUGCUUAUCGUGGUUUUGAAGUGAGGAAAUGGGAACCGCUGAAGAAAUUGAGGCAAAUUGCUAAAGUUAAGGAGGAGGUGGUUGAGGUUAGGAAUAAGAUUUGUGGUUUAGAGUCCUUGGCUGAUCUACAGAGAGAUGAGAAGCAAAGGGCAGUUAUAGGAGAAAUGAUAAUGAAUCUUCUCCUAAGAUUGGACACCAUCCAGGGUUUGCACCCAAGUCUCAGGGAUGUUAGGAAAUCAUUAGCAAGGGAACUUGUUAUGCUACAGGAGAAGCUUGAUUUAUUCGCCAAAGCUACAUCUUCUAAAAACCCUUUAGAUCCUAAUGAUAUCAUAGACGAUAAAGGACGAAAUGUGGAGGUGAAUCAACAUGAUGCUUUCCAGCAGAAAGGUGUAGUGGCUGACACCCAGGGGGAGGAAACUUUGAAGCAUCCCAUUGUUGUCGAAGAGGAGCAUAGGAAAUUUGAACAGAGUGCUCUACCGGUAACUGGGAAUUUAGAAUCUUGUUUCAAAGGGCCAGAGGACAAUGUGGGUGGUGGAGAGCUUCAUUCAAGCGAAGAGCUAAUAACAGAGAAUGAUGUUCCUUCUGAUUUUGUGCAAACUUUUCAAAUGCCGUUAGAGAAAAGUGUUCCCGAGGAGGUGGCAGGAGCUCAACUCGAAAACGUGCGGUGUGACCCAAACGGUGAGGUACAGUUUGUACCAGUUGAAAUCAAUGAAUCAAUGCACAUGGAUGAUAAUUUGCGAAUGCCAGAGGAAUUGCCUGAGGGGGUAACUCAAAAGGAACCUGCUGAUUCUGGUGAGGAGCAACAAAUUGCAACAAAUAUGGUAGGUGUCGAACAGGAAAAAUCUGCGGAAUCAAGUCUGCCUAAUGGUUCAGCUUUUCCUGCUGCAGUUGUUGACGAAUCAACAGUCGCCAAAGAAAUUCUAGAAUCGAAUUUCUUAAGAGAAUUACCUGUAGGAGUUAUUGAUGAUGCACAACCUGGUGAGAAACAUGCACAAACUGAAAUCCAAGAUAAUGAAGUCUUACCUGGUCGAGAUUUGGAACGUAAACCCAGCAAUGAUGCAUCAGAGCAGCAACUGAUGGAAUCAUGUAAGGAACAGGAAGUAACAAUUGAUGAUUCUUCACCGAAUGAGGGAGUUCCAGCUUUGAAUGAAUUGCAGCAACGGGCAGCAGAAGUGCUUGAUGAAGAGAGAACAAUAACUGAGGCAACUUUACCAGACAAAGAGGUUCCGAUUCAGUGGGAGAGUAAUCAACAGCCUAUGGAAGGGUUUAACAAAGAAGUCUCUAUUACUGAAUCAAAUGAUGAUUCCAUUGGAAAAGAAAUAUCUGGGGGAGAUGCAUUGGAAACACCGAUAUUGGAGGUCGUUGACAGUAAGCGAGUGGAAGAGUCUCAACCAGAGGAGGCACGACAAGCUUCAUUACUAUUAUGGGAAGAAAGUCAGGAUGAAGUACAGAAAGAAGUUGACCAGGAGAUUGUUGAUAUCAACUCGGGCAGCAUUUCAGAGGCGAAAACCACAGUGAAUAUCUCUCAGGUGGAAGAAGUACAAAUUGGAGAAAAUCAGGAUAAUGUUGACCAGCCAACAGCAGGGGAUGGAAAUAAAGACAUUACACAAGAGGACAACGAGAGCCAUGAGCUGGAGAUGAUGAGUGGCUCUGAUGGAGUAGCAAAUCAAUCUAAGGGGAUGGAAACUACUGAAAGAGAAACUGUUGUGCCAUCUGGUGGAAGCCAGCCAUCUAUCAAGGAGCAGGAGAUAGAGAUGGAAAGUAAUAGAAAGCUGAUUGAAGAGAAUGAGAAAAUGAGGUUGAUGAUGGAGAAAUUGGUCGAGUCAGGGAAACAACAAUUGGCCGUCAUAUCCAAUCUGAGUGGGAGAGUGAAAGACUUGGAGAAAAAGCUGUCAAGGAAGAAGAAAAUGAGGACAAGACGAUGUAGAACAGCAAUAUCCACACCUUCCAGCGCAACAAUGUCAAGUAAGCCUUCCCCAAGGAAGAGAUCUGUUGGUGUGGCAAUAUAAUAUCUAUAUGUAUUGUAAAUAACAGCUUACCACAUCUUCUGUUUGAGGUGAUGAGUGCAUUACAAUAAAAUCUGUUAGAUAUGUAUUCUUGUGAUAUAUGGACUUGAGUUUCAUGAUUCAUAUGCAGGUCAUAUAAAUGUAAUAUGUGCUUAUUGUAGUUUUUUGGGUUUCAUAUUUCG